AGUUUGGAAAGUCCACGCAUCGUCACUUUGCUGAAUGCAGCCACAUCCUCGUCUGUGGAUUACAAAACCUUGCUUUAUCAUUCAAGCCAGCCACCAACUUAAGAAUUAUUGCUGAUCUGCCACCAGACAAGAGCACUUCAACUAUUCCCCAAGCAUCUUCACACCCCAGAGAGUGAGAUUCAGCUUUUCCAAUAAGAAGAAGAAGAAGAAGAAAAAAAAAAACUUUUAAGAGAUGGAGGGUUUUGUGACAAGGUGUGCCCUUCUGUGCAUCACCAUUGCAACCUCGGCCUCAAGUCAGACAUGUGAACCAGCAGCGGUUAAGGACAGCCCACUGGUGUACGUGGGGGAGUUGGCAAUGGGCUGUUGGACCAGUUUUGUCAGAGAAGACAAGGCAGAGGUCCACAUCCUUAACCUGGAAUUUGGCAGCUCGGAUUCGAGUAUGUUCCAGUUGAACAUGACCAAUGCAAAGCCAAUGAACCUUAUCGUCACAUCUACAAAAAAUGCUUUUGCUGCGUGCAGCCUCAACGAGGGAGUAAAGGUUUUUAUAAACUCCAUAAUUUCUCCUGUGCAUAUCCCAUCAUCCCAACAUCAAGAAAACAUCCAUAUAGAAGACUUGCCCACUCAAAAUGAGGAACUGGUCAAGUGGGCAGAACAGAAGUUCGGGGGUGUGACUUCAUUCACUACUAUUCGAAAUCUGGCAACAAUCUUAGUGAAAGGAACACAAGGUACCAAGCCUGGUCGUCCUGAAUGUAUACUUGAAAAUGAAGAUAUGUUAAAGAAGCACUUUAUGAAGAUUGAGUUAAAUCCUUCUUCAUUCAAAUACUGCAUCCCGCAGCAACAGAACGACAAUAAAGAUGAGCUUCAUAUCAUCAACAUCCCGGAGAAUUCUGAAAUUCGCAACGUAUUGCUGCAUGUGGACAGAAAACAGACCAGUGUCUUCCUGAGAGGCCCUCAGGGUACCAACUGGACAGUCGUCAAUCCACAAGUCGCCAAGCUUGGUUCUAACAAUGCUAUGUGGCUGCCCUCCUUACAACACGAAAUCAAACCUAAUGGAACUACACAACAAAGCGACAAAGCACUGGAUGUACAAAGGAUGGCUUUGGAAUAUUUUAAAGUUUCUUCUUUCACCAGCUAUACUGAAAUCAGACUGAUUAACUCAGACAUUUUCCUGGUUCUUGGAAAAGCAUACAACUUUGACGGGACACCUCCUCCAGUUAUAGAAACAGUCCCAAAACCAGUCAUUCCCAUGACAACUAAUUCCCCUCAUCAGAUGCCUCUGGUGAUGAAGCUGUACAGCUCCCCAGACUAUCGUUCACCCCUGGAACCCAACACCAAAGUACAGAGUGACAAAAGAAUCUAUGCAGAGAUUUCAGGGGACACUUUGGGGGGCAUCGUCUUGAAGAUUAAGGUGAUCAGCUGCUUUGUGCAGUCCAAGGGGUCAUGCCCUGUUGUGAAAGACUUACCCUUCAUUCCAGAGGCCUGCUCCUUUGGUCCCUGUCUAAACCGCACUAGACUCAGCUUCUCCUUAGACCAGCUCCAGGAGCUGACGUCCACCACUUGGAACCUGGAAUGCUUUGUCAAACUUUGCUACAAUGAGAAAUGCGUAGAUGGAGGAAAAGUGAAGGGAAAUCUGGAGGUUACACAGCCAUGUCUGCAACCACCAACCUCACCAUGCUUUGAAUUUCGCCUAUCUGGUGUUUUGGGCAUUGCUUUUGGAGGCUUCCUGAUUGGAGUAUUACUCAUUGGAGCACUGUGGUUUAUCAAAAUUAAAACAGGAUACCCGACUGGACUGCACAUGAGCUCAACUGCAGCUGGUCUUCCUGGAUGUCCCUGCUCUAGAGCAAAACGACAACCUGUUUCCACCAACCCGUCCCCCUCUGAGAAUAGCAGUGCCAAUGCUAGCAUUGGAAGCACCCAAAGCACACCAACCAGCAGCAUGGCGUGAGACUUCAGUGUCAGCUCCCUUCAAAGUCAUGUAUUUGUUUUUUUGUGCAUUUUUAUGUUAAUGCUCCAAAAAAACAUUUCUCAACUGCCUGCUACCUUUAAAUUCACGUUUAAAAAGCACAAAUUUGGUCUUUGACAUAUGUCUGACAAUAAUCGGGGAGUUUGUGGGUGGCGAAGGCUAGAUGAUGAGUAACCAAAGUCUAACCUGUAGCCUUUGAUGCUCACCUUUGCAGCCUCUAUUUAAAGUCAAACUCUUAGAAAGGAUGUCAAAGAGGGCAAGAGAAAAAAAAAAUAAUAAUUUGGCUCCCAGCAACAGGAAAAACAAACCAUAUCCCCCAAGAGCUAACAGGAAAUUCACCGCAUUCCUUUCAAUGAAUUGUGCUUGUGUGAUGGCAGCACAAUAAUUGUUAAACAGGAGACAAACAGGUCAAAAGACAGACUUUGAAAAACAGAUGAAAAGCUCUUUUGCUAACAUGAGUGCCAAAAAUAUAAAUGGCCAUUGUCUAGGUCAAAAACUCAUCAGUAUCAUCACAUGAAUGCAAAAGAUCGACAUUUUUGCAUCUCCAACCAGACGACAUCUCCUUGAUGUCAGGAGCUGUCAUCUCCUGACAUCAAGGGGUAUUUGUAUUAAUUGGAGUUUAAGGUUAAUGGUUCUCUACCUCUUAUUAUUCGGAUAUGUGGACUAGUUGAAACUUAAAACCAGAUUUCUCUGGUAAACUGAUUAUUUUUAUUUAGUUUUUAAUUGUGUAAUUCUUUCACACUCAAGGUUAACCCUUUAAGUGACCCUGUGGGUCAUUGGUAGCUCACAAAACAAGGUUAUGGUGCCAUUUUUAUGCCACACAGCAGAUGUAUCAGUGCUAUCAUAUCAAUGAUUUCCCCCACUGCUUACUUGAGGUUACAGAUUAUUGUAAUGUAUUUACUAAUAAAUCACCAAAAUAAUUUUAAUCAUUGUAAAGGAAAUAAUUGAUUAUAUGAGCUCAAAAUGCUUCAGUUUUUUAAUCAUGGUGCCACUAGUUAAGAUGCAUUUCUGUAUUCAGAGCUGAGUAAAUGGGCUACAGUAAUGUUCCAGUUCAGGUUUUAGACAUCACACGCUUCGACUUAAGUGCCAAACAUGCAGCUUUGUCUACUAGGAGGAGGUUCUACAAAAUAUUUAGUCGGCAAAUUGAAUGCCAGCACUUUUCCACUGCAUAAUGUCCAUAUUCAGUAGGGACAGUUACAUGUGCAUCACCAUUAUCUACCAAUCUGCUUUACACAGUGUAUACUUUUAUACUAAAUUCAAAAUUUGGCACUAAGUCUGUCCUGCUUCCUGAAAUCUACUUUCUUUUUAUCCAGAGUCUCACCAUUCCCUGAGCAACUACUCUAUUUUUAUUAGAAAAAAAGGCAAGGGUAUCUUUAUUUUUGUAAUAACUACAAUGAGCCACCAGUACAUUCAGAUUUAGCUCUAUGGAAGAAAAUGAAAAAUAGCACUGAUCUCACCUAAACAUUAGAAAUGGGUCACCUUGAAUUUAGACAAAUGAGGGUUUUGUUUGACCAACAUUAAAUUUUUGUCACCCUUUUGAAACAGCUGUAAAAUGGAGGUAAUCUUACUGAAAGCCUCACCAGAUGCGUCUUUAUCUACACGUUUGGGGGUGCGCCCACAUAAAACAAUGAGGUCUAUGCACCAAAAAAACCUUUACUGUCACUGCGAGACCAAUGGCGAUACAGACUGGCUUAAAAUAUUUUAAAGCAUAUUCUUGAAAUAAAGAAUAAUCACUAUAAUUGACUCAUAUUAGUAUUUGAAAAAACUGAAGGACAUUAUGAUAUAAAGCCCUUUUUUCAAUAAAUAGACAAAUGUACAGUUUUGAUAUCUAAAUUUCCUCCAUUAGUUUUAUUGUGAUUUCUAUUGAAGUAAAAAUAUUUACAAGUCAGCUCUGAAUACAGCUCAUGUCUUGACCCCACAGUACAAUAAGUACUUUAGGACACAUUGCACUGAAAAAAACAUAGCCAUCUAAAUGUGCUUUAGCUCAGUCAAAACACCUUUAAAAAGUCAAAUGUAGGUUUUUAAUUACCAAAGAAAAUAUAAAAAGUCAGGAAACCUGUCAUGUUGUACAUUAAUUUGUUAAAAUGAAUAACUGAUUUCUACAUUUAUAGGCUGCAUCAUAAAUUGCAUAGUAGAGUGUUAGGGACCUUUAAGAGUGCAGAAUGAAUGCUGAUAAAUUAUUAUAACAGUUUUUUCUUUGUUUUUAUUUUUGUUUGUUUGUUUUGCAUCUUUAAAAAAUAGUCCUAUGAUGUCUUGUGCAGUAAGCAAGCAACGAAAAACCUGUUUUUUAUUUACAAUACAUGACACUGACACAAGCACUCAAACUGUGAUGUCAAACUUUUCUUUUUAUUAUGUGAUACACUGAUUUACUUUACUGAUAUAUAAAUAUAUAUAUACAUAUAAUCACAUGUCAAAUAGUUAUUCACCUUCUGAUUUGGAUAGGUAAAAUAAUUUAUUCACCUUCAGAUAUAAUCUCGAUCAUGUUCCAAAUCAACAACCUUUGUAAAAUCUUUUCUCAUUGUAUGUGAGAUAUGUAGCGUAUUCCCUGCCACAUACAUGUGCAAACAUGUAGAUUUCUUCCUUUUAUCGUGGGGUGCAUAUUUUUAAGACAUAACAAAGAGGGCCAGUACAAAUUGCCACUUGAGUAUUUGUGCAAUAUGAGGUUAACUUGUAUGUAUUGUCUAUAUGUCAUUUUUACCAAGAUUUGUUUUCUUUUGUUUUGUUUUUGUAAGUGUUGUAUAAUAUUCUUACUUUGAAUUAUUUCAUAACCUGAUUUGUUCAUAAUGUAUUUGAAAAACUGGGACCAUUCUGAAUUAAGGCACAAGAUUUCUUUUUCAUUUUUUUUUUUUUAAUCCUUGUUUUUAUAUGAAAUAGUAUUUAGUUUUGAUUUUGCUGCCAUCACAGAAAAAAAUUAUCACAUCACAUGUCAGACCGAACAUUUGAUUUACUGGCUUUAUCCCAUUUGAUUUGAACCUUAAGAUUCCCUCUUUAGUCUAAAAACAAACCAAGUCUGUGAUAAAUGCCAUCCUGACAUUGUAUUCGGCUCAUUGUGUUAUCUUCAGUGGCUGUGAUGGAGAAAUCCAUUCCGAAUUGUAAACAGGAUGUCGCACCUCUGAGUAGCAUCCCAGACAGAUAUUUAGCACUCUGUUAUCAAUAAACAUCCACACUUGAAAUUUAAAAAAUGCAACAAUUAAAAAAAAAAAAAAAUUAAAAUCUCAAGUUUACAAUUUGGUUGCCGUUUAAGAAUUUUUUUUAUUCUUUUGUUUGUUUUAGCAGUGUUCAUCUGCCUCUGUUGAAGUAACCUGUCUGAAUGCUGAAAUGAGACAGGCUGUCAGUUGAUUAACUUGUUAAGCAUGCAGUAGGAUACAGUGUCCGUAUACUAGAGUUGGCAGCAUUUACUAUUUUCAUUAGAUCCAUUUGAUGAGAUAGGAUUCCAAAGAUGCCAUUAUUUCCUAUGUCUCUAAAAAAUUCAUAUUUCCUUUUUCAGAAAACAUUUAAUAAAGUGAACUUGACAGACAA